AUCCCGAUUGGCGGCGGGCGGGCGGGGGAAGCGGGGCGGUUGUUACUACCGCAGAGGGAGCCGCGCGGCGCGGAGCCGCAGAGCGGCCGCUGGAGGGACGCGGGGACCUCGGCUCGCCCCGCGGGUGCCGGCCCCUGCCAGCCCCUGCCCACCGCCGUCCGGGACCGGGAUCCACAGCCACGUUUCCUGCCCCUUCGUCCCCCUGAACUUUUUCACAGUCCACGCAGCACCUAGCGCUGUGCACUGGGAGAAGCUGGAAGCAUGCACAGCGCACACUUCCUGGGGAAAGUAGGGGCCGGCAGUGUGGACCAGGCGCCCCAGGAGAGUCCAAGGCAUCUAUGCUGACCUGUCCUAUGACCUUGGGCAACUGUCUAUCGCCUGCUGCAGUAUCUCCAUCCAAAUGGGGCUUGGGACUUACAGAAUCAGAAGCCUCCCCAAUCUGGACACCUGCUGGUUCAUACUUACAGCCAUCCCUGCUGCCACUAUGAGGAACAUCUUCAAGAGGACUCAGGAGCCCAUUGUGGCUCCUGCCACCACCACCACCACCAUGACGAUUGGCCCUGCAGAGAGCACCAACUCCACGGAGAGCGGCGGGGCUGGGGAGAGUCCGGAGGACAUGUUUGCCAAGCUCAAGGACAAGUUCUUCAAUGAGAUCAACAAGAUCCCCUUGCCACCCUGGGCUCUGAUCGCCAUUGCCGUGGUUGCUGGCCUGCUGCUCCUCACCUGCUGCUUCUGCAUCUGCAAGAAGUGCUGCUGCAAGAAGAAGAAGAACAAGAAAGAGAAGGGGAAGGGCAUGAAGAACGCCAUGAAUAUGAAGGACAUGAAGGGCGGUCAGGAUGAUGACGACGCAGAGACAGGCCUGACUGAGGGAGAAGGGGAAGGGGAAGAGGAGAAAGAGCCGGAGAACCUGGGAAAACUACAGUUCUCCCUGGACUAUGACUUCCAGGCUAAUCAGCUCACCGUGGGUGUCCUACAGGCUGCUGAGCUACCUGCCCUGGAUAUGGGGGGCACCUCAGACCCUUACGUCAAAGUCUUCCUCCUCCCAGACAAGAAGAAGAAAUACGAGACCAAAGUUCAUCGGAAGACCCUGAACCCUGCCUUCAAUGAGACCUUCACUUUCAAGGUGCCAUACCAGGAGCUAGGGGGCAAAACUCUGGUGAUGGCCAUCUAUGACUUUGACCGCUUCUCCAAACAUGACAUCAUCGGGGAGGUGAAGGUGCCCAUGAACACUGUGGACCUUGGCCAGCCUAUCGAGGAGUGGAGAGACUUGCAAGGCGGGGAAAAGGAGGAGCCAGAAAAGCUGGGCGACAUCUGCACUUCCCUGCGCUACGUGCCCACGGCCGGGAAGCUCACUGUCUGCAUCUUGGAGGCCAAGAACCUCAAGAAGAUGGACGUAGGCGGCCUUUCAGACCCCUACGUGAAGAUCCAUCUGAUGCAGAAUGGGAAGAGGCUCAAGAAGAAGAAGACGACAGUGAAAAAAAAGACCCUGAACCCCUAUUUCAACGAGUCCUUCAGCUUCGAGAUCCCUUUCGAGCAGAUUCAGAAAGUCCAGGUGGUGGUCACUGUGCUGGACUAUGACAAGCUGGGUAAGAAUGAAGCCAUUGGCAAGAUCUUUGUGGGCAGCAAUGCCACAGGCACAGAGCUGCGGCACUGGUCCGACAUGCUGGCCAACCCCCGGAGGCCCAUUGCUCAGUGGCACUCGCUCAAGCCCGAGGAGGAGGUGGACGCGCUUCUGGGCAAGAACAAGUAGGCGGCAACAGCUGGGACGGCCCCGGCGCCCUUCAUGGACACUGACAAGAUCCAGAGCUAUCAAUACCUCAGUUAUGCGACCUUAGAGGUUUUGUUUGGUUUCCUUUUGUUUCUGGUUGUAUACUUGUUUUUCUUUCUUCUCUUUUUAAAGACCAACUUUCCCUUUGAUGGAUGUGUGAGAGAGUCCCCUAAGAGGUAAAAGAGAAGCCUGGCUCUGUCCGUCCGUCAUCCUAGGAUCUGCCCGCUGCAUGCCCUGCCAUGCUGCCCCCUCACGCUUCCAGUGCUUCACUUGUUUCACCCUGAGUGAGGCACUCUGCUGACAGAAAGCCACAGCACUUCUGUUUUUGCACGUUUUGGACCAACAAAAUGGUGGCACAUCCUGUUUCCAGUGAAGGCAACACAGUGGCCAAUGGGUGUGUGUAUGUGUGUGUGUGCGCACGUGUGUGUGUGUGUGUGUGUGUGUGUGUGUGUGUGUGUGUGUAUGUCUGUCUGUCUUUGAGUAUGUCUCUAAGUCGUGGACAGUGAAUCUGUGUGGGAAGAAAAUCUCUUCAGGGACCUUGAGAUGAACCCCACAAUUUGUAGGAGAUCUAGCAGCCUCUGGAGAAGGCUCAACAUGCCAGAAGCUCCUACAUUCCUCGUAGGUGGCUCUUUGGGAGGCAGUGAGAUAAGGGGACUGGAUGUGUCCAGAACUAGGACCAAACCCCUGAUGCUGUCAUAGACUUCCUCCUGUCAGUCACAGCUUCUCCAGAAGUGGAGUUUCUGGCCAUUCAUGAAAAAGAACUACUCACUAGAUUGCUCAGACUCUCACAGGAACUGUCAGUCAGUUCCAGGAUCUCACUCUACUGACAAUGAAUAUCAACCUAUGAAGAAGCAGAAGUCUUUUUAUCCUGAAAGACCAAAAUUAAAACUCCUGCAUCAUUCCCCCAUCCAUUGGGAAACAGAUGCUGUCUCCCUCUCCAGAAUAUAAGCAGUGCAAUUCCUUUGUGUUUUUUUCUCCAUCGUGCUUUUGCUUCAAUUUCUCUUUUAAGUGGAGCAACUUGUCUGAAGACAUGUUAUCUGUACAGAGCCAGAGAACUGUAAGAGACAGCUUAAAUGUUCUUAGUUUCCUUGAGGUCCAGGUAAGAAGGGGAUGGUAAAAGGGGAGAAUGAUGGACAGAUGAUGGAGAGUUUCUGGGCUGGGGUCCCUGGGAUCCUUUCACUCCCAUCCCUCGCUCUCUGAACCCUCUGCCAUAUCAGAGGGCUUGUAAGUAGCUAGAGUGGCUCAUGGAGGGCUGUGAGGAGGCCCCAGCUUAAUACUCAUUAGGGAGUCUUUUUUCUAUAAAUGCCAAGAUGGGCAGUGGAGGAAACCUUGCCAGGGUUUCUCCCCAUGCUGUUGUACCAUUCCCCAUUCAUCUCAUCCCCAGCAUUGAUUUUAAAAAAGCCAUAUAUAUGUUAGUCAAGUUUGCACUUGAGUCCCCUUUCAAACCUUUAGCCUGGGCAGGAGAGUCAGGUCCCCAUAUGGCCAGAGGUCAACCCUUUUUGCCUCCCUUCCCUUAGCCUUUCUCUUCUGUCUCUUAAACCCUCAGACCCUUGCCAUUUCCUUUCCACAGAAGACUCUCAGCUUCCCAGGAAGCCUGAGAAUCACAUUCCCUGCAAAGAUGGCAGCACUUCCUGUCCUGCCCCAUCUGGACAGCUUUACCUUCCUGUAGGCACCUGAGAUGGAAUGAUAGUUUUGGGGAAGAAUCAGGCUUAGAGAUCCCACAGAGUGUCUUUUAAUUUUAUUAAAGAAGUGAGGAGGGUAUUAGAUUUUGCUUUGCCCUUUUAUUGUUGUUAUUUAAGUAGGGAGUGAGGGAACACCUCUACCAGAAAGAGACUGGAAAGCAAGUCUUGGCUGGCCUCUGCCUCAGAGACUGACCCUUCUCCUCCUUGCCCAUGGUAUAUGGGAAGUCAUGUAUUUUAUACACCCUGUGUUUGCAUAUCUACUAGGAAGACAGUACUGUAAUAGAAAUAUAAGCUCUGAUCCUUGGGACCAGAGUUGUGGUCAUGGUAGAGAGUUGUAGGCCAAUGGAGUGCCUUUAGAAUCUGGGAUGGCAGCAGAGUACCAGAGUCCAAGCAUGGACAUCAGGUGUCACUGGACUCCUCUUCCAUCCCUAGGGCUGUGGGAUUUUGGUGCUCUCUCAGGGUUCCCCCUAACCCACAUUCCACAAACCCUAUUCAUGGAAACUUCCUGUCAGUCUCUACCUUUAUGAUUUAACCCUAUUCUAAUCAAUCGCUUUCUACCAGCAGGAUUCUUCUGUGUCCAUUAACCUCAUUUACUUCUCCUAAAGCUCAAGACUUGCCACUCCCUUGCUAGAGAAGGGAAGGAAAUGGUAGGCCCCUCUGGUGGUUUGAGUGUCCUUGGCCUGAAAUGGAAGCUGGGUUUUACUACUCUGAGUCCACCUCUGGAGGGCAGCCUGAAGGGGUAGGCAAGUUACUGAGACUUUGAGUCUGGGCACCAGUGUGGCGCUCAUGUGGGUGCCACAAGCAGUUCUUUCCCCAAGUCCUGAUUUGUUCUCAUGAGCUACUUGAGCAGAUGGCACCUGGCUAGGUCCACAGGCUGCAGGGAACAGAGUGAUGCUUAUAAAUUUACUACACCUGAGGGCUGGUGAAACCCAAGCCACAGCAUCACUCCAAACGCUCACAGCUGUGCAGGUUACUUCUGUGAUGUUUGGGCCCUGGAGUGUCAGCAUCAAGUAGGAAAGAGUUAGGGAGUCUAGAUGGCUCUGGGGGUGUGAGUUGUCAUCUCAAAGUCUGUUCCAGAGAGAGGAAAGUACUUCGUAGAGAAGUUUUUUAUAGAGGGGCUGAGCCCAGGAUAACCUAAACCUAAUCCCACCCAGAAAUGGGAGGGUGGUGGUGGUGUUGGUGGUAGUCAUGGGGAAGCCUAAAAGCUUCGUUUUCUCCCUGGAUAAGCAUUCAGAAAGGAUGGUAACUCUCCCAGAGCCGUGGGCAGCUAUGUAAACUUUGGAAGCGGACGCCCAGGCCUGGGUGGGCAGAACGAGACAGUGAGCAGAGAUUUGGUACGAGCGAACAAUUUCCCUGGAGCCUCCUGGCUGGAGGACGGGACAGCAGGGACGAAGCCACCGUCUCAAAUCCUGGGUUUCUCUCUUCCCGUAUGGAUCUUGAGUCUCUGUGGGUAAAACUAGCUCUCUUGUAAACCUGUGCCCAGGAAAGAGAUGGGUGACAGCAGUGGGAGCACCUUUUCAGGGUCAGGAAGGGAGAAAUCCCUUGUUUAACUUCCUAUGCUAAAUCUUUGGCUGGGCCUUACUUGAUCUUUCUAGACCCGUCCCUGAGGGCGUCCAUCCCUUCAAGUUAGACUGAGCCAGGAGAUGCCCUCAUUGCCUCUGGUCUGCCCCUUCUCUGUUCUUUCCCCUUUCCCACCUCCAGAUGAUCGGAGGCUUCAGAGCCACGGGUGGUGGAAGGUGGGGAGGAGUCCCAAGUCCUGAUCCUGAUGGUCCAGAGCCCACCAGGUUGCUAGAUUUGGCAAAUAAAAGUACAAGAUGUGCAGUUAAAUUUGAAUUUCAGAUAAUAGCUUUUAAGUACAAGUGUGUCCUAGGAAAUACUUGGGGCAUAAUGUACUAAAAAGUGAUUCAUCAUUUAUCUGAAAUUCAGAUUUAACCUGGCCAGCAGCCUGUGUUGUGUCUGGCAACUCUACCCUCCGACCACGCUCCCCCUCGCCCUCUUGGUCCCAGGGGGCCAGAGAUUGGUCACCAUAGAUCUGGCUUUUCAAAAUGCAAUACUGAGAAGGGGACACUGUGACUUGAAGAUACAUGAAUAUACUUUAUUUUUCAAUUGACAACAAAACAAGAACCUUCUGAAGCCAUUUGAGCCUCACCUGACCCCUUCCAUGUGCGUUUAGUUCUAUAUAAAAGAUAGUUAUCUAUAAACAUAUGAACAGAAGUCUUGUUUAAUCAAGAUGCAUGUGUAUACCUUUCUGUAAAUAGCCGCAUGGCAAUGCUGGGAGUCUCCUUGAGUUCCCAACCCCAAGCCCAUUUUACAGAACUGGUUGAGCCUGUUCCUUUGGUUUAUGUUGUGUGGCGUCUCUGUCCCUAGUCUGACCCCCCCCCCCCACUAGGAAUGCUGCAAUGGGCACCAUCAGGGGAUGGAAGUUUCUGGCCCAGAGGCUGCCUCUGUUGGGAGAUGCUGGAAGCCUGUGUUCCCAAAGGUGCAUUUGUUGCACAUCUGUCUGCAAAGCCAUCCUUCAGGACACCACAGUGUGUCCAGUCUGGCAUCUGUAACCCUUGUUCCUGUGUCCUGUGUAUGUGUGGUGUAAUUCCCUCCUUCCCACUGUCUGAACUAAUUGAAAAGCCAUAAAGGGGGCCUCUUCCUGCUGGAGACUGCCCUCGGCUCCUCCCAGGAGCUCCUGUGUCCCUCUGGCUGGCUCCCCACAGAACACCUGUGACAAGCCCACUUGGCAUGACCCUCUUUUGCUCCCUUAGCCCGGUGCUAUGAGGACAGAUGGUGUCCAGGGCUUCUGGUGGGGCCUUAGGAGAUGACCCUGGCUGGCUCUUUUGGCCUAAGUCUGAUGACUCAACUCCAUCUCAUCCUGGGUGUGGGCAGGGCAGUGGUAGGGGCUCCUCAGUUUUGGAUACAUACUUGGGGGCUCUGGAGAGGAGCCCUGGGUUUUCAGGAGCAGCUAGCCAGUGGCUCAGUCUGUUCCCAUUUAGCCUUGGGACUGACAGAACCAGGCCUACUUAGCAUUUACUUACUGUGCCUGUCAAGGCCCCCAGAGGGUAAUGGAGCAGGGACUCAUGAGAAAAACCUUGGAGGAAAACCUUGGGCAGCACAGUGGGUUAAGCCCCUCCGACCUGCCAUCCUAGUCUGAUGGAUCCCGCCCCAGAGCAAGGUGGGCCAGGGGACAGGUAUGCACCAGGCUGUGCCUCACAUCUGCUUCCAGGGCAGCCCAAGGCGGUGUGCCAAAUCAUGGAGAGGUGGGCAAAGGGCACUGAGGCCUUUGAGGGCUCUGGUCAGUAUGGGGAACUGUGGUCCAGAGCCGGCAGCCCAGGCUUCUCAUGGCCCCCUGGACACCUCAGGCAAGAGCGAGAACUUGAGAACCGGGGUGGGCACACUAGACAAGUCACAGCCAGCCAGGUGGGCGCUGCCCUCACAAACCACCAUGCUGGGGCACACAGUCUGAGGAGUGGAGGGGACCAUUUCAGGGCUGGCUGGGAUCAGCGCCCCCUGCAGGGCCUCCCCCUCUCCAAACAGAACUGAGGCUGGGCUGGAGGGAGUCUGACCAGGUGUGUGGGGGUGGAUGUGGAGCACUGAAAUUUCUCCUCCAUCCUCCUCAGUAAUCAAUCAGGGGUGCAGGCUUUCCCCUCAGAGAAGCCUGACCAUUCUGCCCUGACUCCUGCUCACCUCAGGACUUGAUUUGCUGCUUUCUGAAAACCCGGGGGCCAGAAAACAUCAAAGUUAGGAGCAAAGCCUAGCCUGUCCUGAUCCAGGUCACCCAGGGACUGUGUGGCCCCCACCAGGAGCUUCUUGUCUACAUGAGGAGGACACUCAAGCCCUGGCCAACCCUUUCCCCUGCUUGGCAAUGCUCUCCACCCCUUAUGUGGACUCUGUUGUUCUUGUUGUCUGAUCUCUUGUCAAAUUGUUAUUUUGUAAUGAGCUGUGUCUCCUUAUUAAAGAAAUGAGCUGAAAGAAA